AGAUCCGCCGCCCAGCCGGGAUCGAAGGCUACCGUGCGGCCAAGGGGGCGCGGCCGUGAAGAACUGGGGGCAGGGUGCCCGGGGCGGGUGGGCGGUGACCCGACGCUGGGCAGGCGGGAGACUAGACCCGCGGACCUCCGAGGGGAAUCGUGAGCAGCGCAGACCCUGAGCGGACGCGACACCGACCAAGGCUGGGGACCAGAAGCUGAUCAGCACAGCGGGGCUCAAUUACGCGGCCGGCUGGAGUGUUUUCCAGUGGCGCAGGGAGCAGGUGAACAGGUUCUCAUUCCCAGCUCCACGCCCUCACGCUCUCUCGGCCCGGCCCUCGCUCCAGCUCGCAGCCAUGGGCCCCGGCCCCCGCCGCGCCACCCGCGUCCUGCGCCCGAUGCUCUGCGCGCUUGUCUUGAUGGUGGCCGUCGGCGGCCGCGUCGCCUCCGCCUUCAACCUGGACACCCGAUUCCUGGUGGUGAAGGAGGCCGGGAACCCGGGCAGCCUCUUCGGCUACUCGGUCGCCCUCCACCGGCAGACGGAGCGGCAGCAGCGCUACCUGCUCCUGGCUGGUGCCCCCCGGGACCUUGCUUUGCCUGAUGACUAUGCCAACCGGACCGGUGCUGUGUACCUGUGCCCACUCACUGCCCAAAAGGACGACUGUGAGCGGAUGGACAUCACAGAGAGAAGUGACCCCGACCAUCACAUAAUUGAGGACAUGUGGCUGGGGGUGACUGUGGCCAGCCAGGGCCCUGCAGGCAGAGUCCUGGUCUGUGCCCACCGCUACACCCAGGUGCUGUGGUCAGGGUCGGAGGACCAGCGGCGUAUGGUGGGCAAGUGCUACGUGCGGGGCAAUGACCUAGAACUGGACCCCAAUGAUGAGUGGCAGACCUACCACAAUGAAAUGUGCAACAGCAACACUGACUACCUGGAGACCGGCAUGUGUCAGCUGGGCACCAGCGGUGGUUUCACCCAGAACACUGUGUACUUUGGCGCUCCCGGUGCCUACAACUGGAAAGGAAAUAGCUAUAUGAUUCAGCGGAAGGACUGGGAUUUAGCUGAAUACAGUUACAAGGAUCCGGAGGACCAAGGAAACCUCUAUAUUGGGUACACAAUGCAAGUGGGCAGUGCCAUCUUGCACCCCAAGGACAUCACCAUUGUGACGGGUGCCCCACGGCACCGACAUAUGGGCGCUGUCUUCUUGCUGAGCCAGGAGGGAGGCGGAGACCUGCGGAGGAGGCAGGUGCUGGAGGGCACGCAGGUGGGCGCCUAUUUUGGCAGCGCCAUUGCCCUGGCAGACCUGAACAAUGAUGGGUGGCAGGACCUCCUGGUGGGUGCCCCCUACUACUUUGAGCGGAAGGAGGAGGUAGGGGGUGCCAUCUAUGUUUUCAUGAACCAGGCAGGCACCUCCUUCCCUGCUCACCCCUCCCUCCUUCUCCACGGCCCCAGUCGCUCUGCCUUUGGCUUCUCCGUGGCCAGCAUUGGUGACAUCAAUCAAGAUGGAUUCCAAGACAUUGCUGUGGGAGCUCCAUUCGAGGGCUUGGGCACAGUGUACAUCUACCACAGCAGCUCCAGGGGGCUCCUCCGACAGCCCCAGCAGGUAAUCCACGGAGAGAAACUCGGACUACCUGGCUUGGCCACCUUCGGCUACUCCCUAAGUGGGCGGAUGGAUGUGGAUGAGAACUUCUACCCAGACCUGCUAGUAGGGAGCCUCUCAGACCGCAUCGUGCUUCUGCGGGCCCGGCCUGUCAUCAAUAUCCUUCAUAGGACCUUGGUGGCCAGGCCAUCUGUGCUGGACCCCGCACUCUGCACAGACACCUCUUGUGUGCAGGUGGAGCUGUGCUUUGCUUACAACCAGAGUGCUGGGAACCCCAACUACAGGCGAAACAUCACCCUGGCCUAUACACUCGAGGCUGACCGGGAUCGCCGCCCUCCCCGGCUGCGCUUUGCGCAGAGCCAGUCACCUGUCUUCCAUGGCUACUUCUCCAUGCCAGAGACGCGCUGCCAGACGAUGCAGCUGCUCCUGAUGGACAACGUUCGUGACAAACUCCGUCCCAUCAUAAUCUCCAUGAAUUACUCUUUACCUUUGCGAAUGCCGGAUCGCCCCCGUCUGGGACUGCGGUCCCUGGACGCCUACCCGGUCCUCAACCAGGCGCAGGCGCUGGAAAACUACACUGAGAUCCAGUUCCAGAAGGAGUGCGGGCAGGACAACAAGUGUGACAGCAACUUGCAGAUGCAGGCGGCCUUUGUAUCGGAGCAGGGGAAGCGGAUGAACAGGCUCCAGUACAGCAGAGACGUCCGGAAAUUGCUCCUGAGCAUCAACGUGACCAACCUCCCGAGCAGAGAGCGGGCUGGGGAAGACGCCCAUGAGGCACUGCUUAACCUGACUGUGACUCAGGGCCUGCUGCUGUCUUCAGUGCGCCCCCCUGGGGCCUGCCAUGGCAACGAGACCAUCUUUUGUGAGCUGGGGAACCCCUUCAAACGGAACCAGAGAAUGGAGCUGCUCAUUGCCUUUGAGGUCAACGGAGUGACCCUACACACAAAGGAACUCCAGGCUCUGCUGCAGCUCUCCACGUCAAGUCACCAGGACAACCUGUGGCCCGUGACCCUGACUCUGCUGGUGGACUACACGCUCCAGGCCUCGCUCAGCAUGGUGAAUCACCGCCUGCAAAGCUACUUUGGGGGAACAGUGAUGGGCGAGUCUGGCAUGAAAACUGUGGAGGAUGUGGGAAGCCCUCUCAAGUAUGAGUUCCAGGUGGGCCCAGUGGGAGAAGGACUGGCAGCCCUGGGGACCCUGGUCCUAGGGCUGGAGUGGCCCUAUGAAGUCAUCAAUGGCAAGUGGCUGCUGUACCCCACGGAGAUCACCAUCCACGGCAAUGGGUCCUGGCCCUGCCAGCCACCCGGAGACCUUGUCAACCCUCUCAACCUCACUCUAUCAGUCCCUGGGGACAGGCCGCCAGCUCCACAGCGUAGGCGACGACAGCUGGACCCAGGGGGAGGCCAGGGCCCCCCGCCUGUCACUCUGGCUGCUGCCAAAAAAGCCAAGUCUGAGACCCUGCUGAGCUGUGGCAGUGACCAUACCCGCUGUGUAUGGCUGGAGUGCCCCAUUCCUGAUGCCCCCGUCAUCACCAACGUGACAGUGCAGGCUCGAGUGUGGAACAGUACCUUCAUCGAGGAUUACAGAGACUUUGACCGAGUCAGGGUAGCCAGCUGGGCUACCCUGUUCCUCCGAACUAGCGUCCCCACCAUCAACAUGGAGAACCAGACCGUGCCGUUCUCCGUGGACAUAGACUCUGAGCUGGUGGAGGAGAUACCAGCCGAGAUCGAACUGUGGCUGGUGCUUGUGGCUGUGACUGCGGGGCUGCUGCUGCUGGGGCUCAUCAUCCUGCUGCUAUGGAAGUGCGGCUUCUUCAAGCGAGCCCGCACUCGUGCCCUGUAUGAAGCUAAGAGACAGAAGGCGGAGAUGAAGAGCCAGCCAUCAGAGACAGAGAGGCUGACCGAAGACUACUGAGGGGGCAGCCCCUGCCCCCGGCCCACCUGGUGUGACUUCUUUAAGCGGACCCGCUAUUACCGGAUUAUGCCCAAGUACCAUGCGGUGCGGAUCCGGGAGGAGGAGCGCUACCCACCUCCAGGAAGGACCGUGCCCACCAAGAAGCACUGGGUGACCAGCUGGCAUACUUGGGACCGAUACUACUGAUGUCCUCCCUGAUCCCACCCCUGUGCCCCCAGUGUCCUGUUUUUCUAUUUAUCAUAAGUUAUGCCCCGACAGUCCACAGGGGCCACUGCCUUUGGCUGGCACCAGCAGGCUCAGGCACACACACCUCUGAGCACAUGCAUGUGCUGUCUGGCCACGGGCUUCUCCGCACAGGAGGGCUGGAGCCAUGGACCUUGCUAUGCCGAGCACACUGCAGCCCUGUGUCCUGGACACAUGUGGGGUCCCACUGCCUGUGGACUGUGCCUGUGCACCACAGAUAGUGUAUGGACAUGUAUGUCCCAGCCUCUGCCUGUGCUAAAACCAAGCCAAAGGCCGUCUGCUAGAGCCAGGGGGAAAAGGCCCCCAAUGUGGUGACACCUCCCCCAUUCACACUGGACCCAUCUUGAGCCAUAGUCACUGGAUGGACUCUGCUCUCGAGAUUAAAACUACUGACAGCGAACAGCCCAUUAGGCCCUCAGCUGUAGUCCCAUGCCAGAGCGCGUGGGGUCUGCCCGAGGUUGCCCCACAGGGCAGUUUGCAGGACCUGGCAUACUCAGGCACAAGAGUGGAAUGAACUAGCAAGCAGGGCCCCAGGAUGGCUUUCUUUAAUGGAUCGCUGUGAAGCCUUUCUCCUCAGCCAUGGCCUGCACUAGCAAGGGAAUGCAGCCUGAAGGAACAAAGAUGGACAAGCCGCUGGACAGCCCGGACACGCUGUGCUGGGACUUCCCUGGGAGCAUGGUGGAAUCCUUAACAGAGAAGGGGACUGAUCCUGGAUCAAGGAGAGGUGGGAAGGAUCGAGGAAAUAACACUCCUCACCCGCCACUACCAUUCUAGCCUCUGAAGGGCCUGGAGAGACCCACAAGAUCACAGAGGGAGCGACGUUUGAAUGUAGGACAGGGAGGGAGCCCUGUCCCUGCCCCAUUGGCCAGACCUCACUGUGCCCCCACUGACCAUGAGUUGGGGGCCUAGAAGUGGAGUUCCUGGCUGUCCUUGGCUUUCAUCACCAAUUGGCUCUGCCUUCUCCCCCACGGACCCAUUCUGGAAGUUGAAGCUGGUUCCAGAAACCCCCUCCUGCCCCCUGCCUGUUAGCAGGCUCCCUUCCCCCCUUCCACGGUACUGUAGCAGGGGAGCUCCCUCCCCCUCCUUGUGCCUUCUUUGUACAUAGGCUUCUCACAUCAACCAAUAAACAGCUCCCAGUUUGUA